AUGGAUUUCGUUGUGGGACUCCCCAGGACUCAACAUGAGUUUGAUUCGAUCUUCAUAGUGGUUGAUCGAUUUUCAAAAAUGGAUACUCGUUUCCUCAGCCACUUCUGGCGCAGCUUAUGGCGCUCGAUGAAUACACGGUUGGACUUCAGCAGUGCAUAUUACUCUCAGACAAAUGGUCAAACAGAGGUUGUUAACAAUUCCUUGGGUGAUUUAUUACAUUGCCUGGUUGGUGAUCACAUCAAGUCUUGGGAUCGGAAGCUGUGUCAAGCAAAAUUUGCUCAUAAUCAUGCUAUUAACCGAAGUAUAGGUUUUAGUCUGUUCCAGGUGGUGUAUGGCCUUGUUCCUCGUGGUCCACUUGAUCUGGUUCCAGUUUCUACUUCUAUUAAAAUGCAUGGUAUGGCCGAAGACUUUAUUCAGCAAUUGCAGCAGGUUCACUCACAGGCUCAUGAUCAGUUGCAGGCUGCUAUCAUGAGUAUAAGCGUGCUGCAGAUCUUAAACGCCGACAUUUUGAAUUUGAGGUAG